AUGUCUUCCAGUAAUCGAGGCAGUCGUGCUAGGUCUUCUGGUAGGAUGACCUAUUCAUCUAGUGAUGAUGGUAGCUGCACCAUUCCCAAUAUUCCUAUUGGCGUGGUCAGAAUUGGUGUGGAUUAUGAUGAGCCUAUAGUUGGUGGUUUUUCUGGUCGCAUGCUUCUGGGUUCUAACCCGAAGUCAAAGAUUACUUUAAAGGAUUUACCUCGGCUUCAUCAGGCAUAUGAUAUACCUAGUUAUGCUAGUCUGCAUGCCCCGUCUGGUGGGGAGCGGGCUAAUUGGAAUUUACCUGGCUGGGUAUGCAUGUACGAUCUUCCUUUCAAGGAAGGGUUCAGAUUUCCUCUUCCUAUGUUAGCGAAAGAAGUAUGGGAGUAUCACCUUGUAUCACCCAGCCAGCUGAUGCCGAAUGUCUGGCAUGCUCUGAUGGCUAUGGAAGUUUUUAGUGAGAAAUAUGCCAUUGAGUUUACUGUUGAAGAGGUGUUACGUGCCUACUCUUUGAAGGAGCAUCAUACAGACAAGGGUAGAUACCAAUUCUUGUCUAAGUUGAAGAGUUCCCUUAUUGUAGAUCUGAAAGAUUGUGACAAACAUUGGAAGGAUCGAUACUUUUUUGUUUCUCAUAAUGUGUUGGGGUUGCCGGCUGAUUGUAAGAUUCCUCAUGGAUGGUCUUCAGCCAGCAGAGUGAACUUACUGUUUGCCUGGGUGUGUCGAGAAGCUCAAGGAAGGGUUGAUCGGUUUGUUGAGUUUCGGGAAGAAGAUCGUAGGUGGCAAGCGAUCUUGUCUGAUUUAAAUCUUCGUGGUAGCUCUUUGUGGAGUCAGGUUCCUCAUCAUCCUGAAGGCUUUGGGGCUAUGGAACGCCUACAAGCACGUAAGAAGCAGGCGAUUGCAGCUUCAAGUGCUGAAAAGGAUGUUUUCAAUGAAUUUGUUGAGAAGAUAGAGCUUUCUUUUUCGUCGUCUGCCUCAACACAUUCUGAGUUUGGUCCUCACCUUGAAGAGGUUAACAAGCUACUAUGGCCUAAGGACAAAGACAGGUUUGAUCAGCUUGGAUCAAAGUCAUCACUUUCUGCUUCCAUUUCCCAUGCCUUUCAGGGUAUGCAAGGCCUUAUGUGGGCAAAUGAGAAGAUUCAAGAAUUUGAAAAACAAGUGAAAAGGUUGAACUGUCAGAAUGUUGAUCUGCGGUCUGAGGUCAGGGGAUUGAAGACUUGCAAGAAAGUUCUUGAGAAACUUAAUGGGGAACUCAAGACCCAAUUGGAUGUGAAGGAGCUAGAUGCUAGUCGACUGCAACCUACUUUGGCUACCUUGGCCAAUGUUCAAGCCAAGGUUGAUAUGUUGGAGGGUCGUUUGACUAAUAUUGCCUUAGAGGCCGAGAUCCAGUGUCGUGGUCAAAUGGCGAUUGAUUUUCGUGAUGGGAAGGCUGAUUCUUGGAAUGUAACUCAGUUCAUUGCUGAUUAUGAAGAACUGCAACAAAUGAGGGUUGAAGAGGCUAUUCAAGCUAACAACCUAGCUAUCUCCUUUGGAGACAUGACUACAGGCGCCCUUGGGCAGAAGGAUUGA